CUUAUGUCAGGUUGGGCUACAGGGUACUCAUUCCGGUGUGAUAUCGUUGACUACUCAAGGUCACCUACAGCUCUAAGAAUGGUACGAACUUGUUGGCUUUACUACUUUUCCAAAUUCAUUGAAUUACUAGACACUAUAUUUUUUGUGCUGCGUAAGAAAAACAACCAAGUUACAUUCCUGCAUGUCUUUCAUCAUUCCAUCAUGCCAUGGACCUGGUGGUUUGGAGUCAAAUUUGCUGCAGGUGGCUUAGGAACAUUUCAUGCUUUGCUGAACUGUAUUGUCCAUGUUGUCAUGUACACUUAUUACGGAAUCUGUUCUUUGGGACCAGCCUAUCAUAAAUAUUUGUGGUGGAAAAAAUACAUGACAACUAUACAACUUGUCCAGUUUGUUAUGAUUACAGGCCACAUAGGACAAAUCUACAUCAUGGAUGAUUGUCCGUACCAGUAUCCAAUUUUCAUGUUUAUUAUUUGGCUCUAUGGCUUUAUGUUUUUAGUCUUGUUUCUCCACUUCUGGUACCAUGCUUACACGAAGGGACAGAGACUACCAAAGAUGGCAAGAAAUGGGAUCAGCAAAGAUCAGUGAAACAAA